UUUCCACUUGCAGCAAAUGAACCCUUAGGUAUCUGCUUCCCCCCUCUAACGGUUUUAUUUUUUUGGUCGCAUCCAUCUCGGUUUUCUCUUUGCGUCUUAUACCUUUCAUUUCUGACUGUGUCGCCUUUGGGUCUGACACUGCGCUAGCACACAAAUCUCCUUAACGGAGGGGGCUUUUUUGUUUCUGGACAACAGCGCGUCAUCCGUUGCUGGUUGCUAGGGCCUUUCGUCCACACCAACAACCAACCCCCCCGCUUUGGGUGGGUUCCUCUUUUGGACGCAGCAUUUCUGCGAUUCUUUUUCUUGUUUAAUCUUUUCUUUCUUUAAUACGACCUGACACGCCAUGUUCUAUUCCGAGACUCUUCUGUCCAAGACAGGGCCGCUGGCCCGGGUUUGGCUGUCGGCCAAUUUGGAACGCAAACUGUCCAAAACACACAUCUUGCAGUCGGAUAUCGAGAGCAGCGUCAAUGCCAUUGUCGACCCGGGUCAAGCACCCAUGGCUUUGCGUCUGAGUGGUCAACUGUUGUUGGGUGUGGUUCGUAUUUACAGCCGGAAGGCGCGCUACCUCCUGGACGACUGCAACGAGGCCCUGAUGAAGAUCAAGAUGGCUUUCCGAUUGACCAACAACAAUGAUUUGACUACUGCCGCGGUUGUCGCUCCCGGCGGUAUCACCUUGCCCGAUGUGUUGACGGAAUCCGACUUGUUUAUGAACCUUGACUCUUCUUUACUUCUACCCCAAUCUCUCAACUUGGAGCCCGAGGGCAAGCGACCAGGAACUUUGGAUUUCGGUAGCCAGCUUCUCCCCGACAGCAGCUUCCGCCGUUCAGUUUCCCAGGAGCCCGCGCGAUUGGAAGACCACACUCUGGUUGAUCUGGAUUUAGGAGAGGAAGAUACAUCCUUAGGACCCGACUUUAGUAUGGAAGUUGGUCGAGAUGCGCCCGCCCCUCGUCCGUUCGAAGAGGAUAUGAUCAGCGAUUCCGGAAAGUUCAACGAUGAUGUCGACCUGCCUUUGGACCUUGGUGAGGACGACGCUCCGUUGGACAAGAUGGAUUUGGGAGAUGAAGGCCCGCAGGACAUCACUCUGAAUCUCCAAGAUGAUGCGAUGGAUCUUGGUGAAGAUCACCAUGACGAUAUUGCCCCUGAAAACCAAGAGGAACGCCAGCGUGAAUCGCUUAGCCCUCUUUCGGAGGUUUCCGAGGAUGAAUUGCGUCGGCAAGAUGCCGAAUUCAACCAUGACGAGACCGAAAUCCAGGAUGGGCAGGAAGAGGAUGAUUUGACCGUUCAGCAGAACCAGCGCUCCAAACGUCGCAAGGUCAUGGAUCUUGAUUCUGUCACCGAUUUCCAGAACAGCCAGAUCAAGGAGCAGCAAACGAACCGAUCCGGAAUCCUGAAACCGACCUCGUUCCUGCCUCGCGACCCCGUUUUGCUCACCCUGAUGAGCAUGCAAAAGAACGGUGACUUUGUUUCCAAUGUGCUUGGAGGCGGUCGUGGACGCGGCUGGGCACCAGAGCUUCGUGAUUUGCUGUCGUUUGAUGCUGUCAAGAAGUCCGGCGAUUUGAAGCGGAAGCGUGACAGUGGCAUCUCGGACGUGGAUGUGGAGGCUGCUAUUGCUCCUCAGUUGGAUCUGGGUGAAGAGGAUGCCAUUGUUCCGGCGGAUGAAGGAGUUGACCUCGACACGACUAUCCAACGGUCGGAGAUCGACUUCCCGGGAGAUGAGCAGGGCCAGGAACUUCACCUGAGCGACGACGAGGGCAUGAACCAGCAUAUGGAAGACCUUGACGAUACUGUUGUUCCCGCGGUGGACAGUGGACCGAUCUCCCUUGGCACCCAGCAUGCUGUUCACAUCCUCCGGGACCAAUUGAACGAUUCGACAGGCGAGCAGAAGAAGGCCGUGAAGUUCCAGGAUCUCUGCCCCGAGGGCAAGACCACUAAGGCCGAUGCGACCAAGAUGUUCUUCGAAACUCUGGUGUUGGCGACCAAGGAUGCGAUCAAGGUUGACCAGGAGGCUAAGACCAUUGGCGGAUCUCUCAAGAUCCGUGGUAAGCGCGCACUCUGGGGCUCCUGGGCCGAGGAGGGCACCAACGGCGAGGCUUCGCAGCCUGCUGAGGUUGCUGCUUAAGCUUGUCCUUUUUUUCCGUUUUCUACCUUUUUUUACUUGGAAUUCUUUUAACUUAUAUAGCGGAGUUCUGGUGCAAAUCCCCUGUGUACAGUGAUGUAUGCGUUCCUCUUGGGUGAACGUCUUUGGACAUGAUAUUGUUUACUUGGUUAUCUUUUCCAUCAAUUUUGACGGUGUUUAGGUUUUGCUUUAGGGAUGAAAAGGUGGAUUUGGGCUUUCUUUUUGAGUUGAGGAUGAAUUGUCUUCUUUUGGCGAACACUCUAGGAUCAUUAGCAGUAGUAUCAAAUGAAUUAAUUGAUAUCCAUGUGAUAUACAUACAUAGUG